AUGAGCGGUGAAGACGCCGGGGAUAUGGUCGAAGAAUAUCAGCAGGCUUACAUGUCAAAGGAAAAGGGUGGUCUAAAACAUGCAAUCUCUGCCAUGCACUCGGCUAUUAGCCAUAUUCUGAAGUUUCCAAGCGUCGCCCCCGACACAGGGACAGAUUUACCUGAACACCGAUCGUUCUUGUCCAGUGAUACCUGUUGGUUCGUUUUCCCUCACAAACUAGUCCAGUAUGUUGAGAACUUGCACGUGCAGGAUGAGAGCGCCUCGGAGGUAGAGGAGGACGGUGAGAUCGGAAACGUGACUGGCGACGAUGAUGAGGAAGAUGGGUCAAUUCAUGAAAGGCUUGAGGCUCUUAUUGCGUCUGCUGAUGAAAAUGAGGUUUCUUCUGCUGAUAUGAAUGGUGUAACGCACACGGGAUCGCGCAUGUUUCGAUUGAACGAUGGGAAGAUGGUCGUGGUUACUCAAUCGGAUUCGUAUUGGCAUCGCGGAAAAUGGUUUGCUGAUUACUCGCCUCUGGAAUUUGAAAUGAUAGUUGACCUUUUGCCUCGCCGGGAUUGCAAAAGAGAACCAUCGUCGCGUGGGCGUCCUAAACGACGAGGGUUUGAUCUGUCUCCAAGUCAUCCAUUAGCCCCGCACUACCAAGGGUUUAUCCGCGCGAAAUUCAAAACCCCAAUGCUAGGAGGUACUCCGCCGCCGCCGCUAGCAAAGAAUGGCCGGUCUUCACCUGCACUAAGCAAAUAUCUGCUGUGUUGGGGUCUUGGCAAUCCGAAAUUGGCACCUGAUGUGUCCUCGCACGAGUUAAUUCGCGUAUGUAAGAGCUGGAAUUCAGCAUCUGCCAGCUUUCUGAGUAGGAAGCGAUAUCAAUAUCUUCACAACGUUUUGAAGAAACGGAGCCGCUCAUCCACAAAUGAGAAGACUUGCUCUGAGUGGAGGAGUCGAAAUUGGGUCAUACCGGCCGAAGGUCAAUCGACGAAUAAGAAAGGGCAGGAUCACGAGGACACAAUAGAACACGAAACUCCGCUAGAAGUUUGUGCUGAGGAGCUGUUCAACCUGAAGGUGGCUGCAUCAGUGGCGAGCGCGGUCGAAUCGCUCAGAAAAGAUUUUUGGUCCGUUAUUCCAAGUGAUGUUGGUGGCACCACUCAAACAGAGUCCACUUGCGAUCCAAUUUUUCAAAGCAACCUUGAAGAGGGACGGAGCCUAUCGCAGGUUGCACGCUCGAUAAAUGCGAUGAGACCGCAAGGUGAUUCUCGUCCGAUGUUGGGUCCAAACCUGGCUACUGGAAUUUCUGUACCGUCUGGAAGCGCUUUGGAUAACCUUGAAGGUGUGAGCCAGGAUGCAUCUGAACGUGGCAAGUGCUCUCCUGAUCAACGUCUAGUGUUUGACCGCGUAGUACAGAGUAUUGACGGGGAUAGAAAACUUCGUCAGACACUAACGCUUUUACACGGCGGCGGCGGAACGGGAAAAUCGACUUUGAUUUGUCGCAUUGUGACAACGUUGGCAAGAUAUGGUAUCGAAACAGUGAAUACAUGUCCUACCGGAGUUGGUGCGUUGCACCUGCAGAAAGGGAGAACGUUUCAUUCUGCAUUCAAAGCCGCGCGAGAUGUUCUCAGUGUUAAUAAUGUGGAGUUGUUAAGCUUAUCAUUUACUGAUCGAGUGUGGCUUAUCGUUGUUGAUGAGGUGUCGAUGCUCUGCUCCGCGUAUUUGCUACUUCUCGAUACAAGACUGAGAGCAAUAUACCGUAACAACCUUCCUUUUGGAGGACGUUCGGUCAUAUUGUGCGGUGAUUUCUUACAACUGAAAGUUACAUCGGGGAUAGCAUUGUGCAAAAUGUUUUAUAUGGAUACGCGAUCUAGUGCGCAGUUGAGUGCCCGUGCACUGUUCCGCAAGUUUCAAACGUACUUUUUGACUCAGCAGCAUCGAGCAGCUAGCUGCCCAAUCCAGCAAGCGAAUCUGGAAUCGUGUCGCGUUCUCCCUGCUGCUCGGCCAUCUGGGGAUAGUUGGUCGGCUCUUGAAAAGCAGACAUUUCGACCGGUAACUCAGCAAGUGGUUAAGAGUGUGACGACGGAGCUUGACAUCGACACUGUAAAACAAGACCCCGGUUGGCUUGAUGACAUGACAAUUUUAGUCACAAGCAACUUCGACAAAGCUGUCUUAACGGGUUGUACGGCUCGGCUCUAUGCGAAGAGGCAUCGACAGCUGUUAUUUCGUUGGAAACGAGAACUAAAACAAGAUGUUUCACCCGAACUGGAGAGAAUGGUCUACGACAAAGAUGCGAACCCGGAACUGUUUGCGUAUUUCGUAGCUGGGGCACCUGGCCAAGUACUAGAUAACAAUAACGACAACGUUAGUUGGGGUGUUGCUAACGGAACGUCGUGUAGGAUGCAUUCGUUAGCCUGGGAGGACCGCUUGAAGCGCGACCAAGUGAGAAGGAUUGUGGAUGAAGCUCGGCUCAUCACUUCAGACGUUAUCGACUUGUCGUUCCCUCCCGAUUUUAUUAACAUCCAGCUUGUCAAGGUCGAUGGAGAUCUCCGAACGGAUGAAGAUUGGCCGUGCGAGAACAACCUUGAAUCGGAAUUUGUUGAAACGACGUCAGGGCGCUCCUAUAAGAAAAGUAUCAUUAUCCCCGUAGGCAUCGCAAAAAAUCCGCAGCGUAAAUCGACCGUUAAGCUUGGAUUCGGAGUGUUGGACAAACCCGUCGAGAUGGAGUUCAUUCAGCAUGCAGUUGAUCAAGCUCAGGUGAUGACAGUGUGGAAAGCCCAGGGUGCCACUCUUAAACGAGUUGUGCUUAAUCUCGAGCCGAUCCGCGCAACCGCACCAAAAUGGAAGUUCGAGCAUAUUUACGUUGGGAUGUCUAGAGUGACGUCCGUGUCUAAUCUGCGGUGCAUGCCAUUGACCGGCGCUUUUCGGCUUAAUCGCUGCGGAAUCUUCGACCAGACAUUUUCACGACUAAGUGGAGAUUUGAUAAUCAAUAACACGAACUUGGGGUUUAUUUUUUAUUAUAGAUUUCAUAGUGGCAAUGUUGGUCAGAUAUGA